GCAUCCGCAUCCGCAUCCGCAUCCGCAUCCGCAUUCCCGAGACAGUCAUCGAGAUGCAGCCAGAUCUGCCACCGCAGCCGCAGCCGAAACCCCAGGAGGAGGUGCAACGGGGCCGCCAGCCAGCAAACCGGCCCCGCGAGCCCCGCAAGUUUGGCCCAUCACCUCCUCCAAUCCUUCGCGAUCACAAAAAUAAUACAAAAUACAUCCGCGGCGAGCUGCUGGGAGAGGGCGGCUUUGCCAGAUGCUACAAAGUGCAGGACGGCAAUGGCAGCGGCGAACUGAAAGCAGCCAAGGUGAUCCCCAAGGCCUCGCUCAGAACCGAGAAGCAAAAGAACAAACUCUUUUCAGAAAUCAAGAUCCACCGGCAAAUGUCACAUCCAAAUAUUGUCCAGUUUCACCACGUCUUUGAAGACGACAAUUUUGUUUAUAUGAUUUUGGAGCUAUGCGAGAACAAAACAUUUGUAGAUCUCCUCAAAGUCCGGAGGCGCCUGACGGAACCAGAAGUGCGAUACUACAUGCUUCGGCUCCUCGCUGCGCUGAUGUAUAUGCACAGUCAAAAAGUCAUCCAUAGAGAUAUCAAGCUCGGAAAUAUCUUCCUAACUAAAUCCAUGGACCUCAAAAUCGGAGACUUUGGGCUGGCAGCAAUCCUGAAGCACGACGGAGAACGGAAAAAAACCAUAUGCGGAACGCCGAAUUACAUUGCCCCUGAAGUUCUGUUCGACACCCAAAACGGCCACAGUUUCGAAGUCGACACCUGGUCGCUCGGUGUCGUCAUGUAUACACUUCUCAUUGGACGCCCGCCUUUCCAGACCAAGGAGGUCAAAGCGAUAUACAAAAACAUCCGUGACAACAUCUAUGGGUUCCCUCCGCAGAUAUACGUGUCGAACAUGGCCAAGGAGAUCAUUUCGUCCUUGCUCAACACACGACCAGAACAUCGUCCCUCUAUCAGCGACGUCCUUGACAGCGACUUUUUCGUACGCGAGUUUAUGCCGGCCCAGAUCCCUAUUACUGCAUUAACAACUGCACCUCAGUGGGAGCAGAGACCCACUCAGCUGUUGCAAGAGAAAUCGCAGCAGCCCGUGUAUCCCGAAGAUGAAGACUGUGAGCCAAAUGGUACCCAUCGAGCCGAGGAUCAGCAUAUCGUACGGAGUAACGGUGAAGCCCAUCAGCGGACAAACGGAACUUGGCCUCAGAAGCCGCAAAGCCCAUAUCCCCGACCGACGGCGAGUGGCCAGGAGAAUAUACCCCCUACCCACCCAAAUCGGUUCACAUCACAAGAGCUUUCCCAUCCGCACCAGAGCCCGAUGAAGCAGCAUGCAGCCAACGGAGUCCGUCCGCUCGGGGUCUUGGAUACUCGUGGAUCAAUGCAGUCGCCGAGUGUCCGCUCCUACGGCGUUCAACGGGCAUCGGUCCCAGAAAACGGUGCCCGUGCAACUCGCCGCACAUACACAACGGCCUCUGAUCCCCUGGAUCCGCCUCAAGAGCAAUUUGUGCGAUACCCGUCGUAUCCUGGUGUCGCGCCGAGCCCGAGCCACCAUGAGCGCGACCAACCACUUCAGUCAGAGAUGCAGAAUCUGCAUCUUGGGAUGGCCAACCCAGCGAGUCCGCGCGUGCAUUGGGCAGAGCAACAGCCCCACCCACACAGCUACGAGCCAACGACAAGGAUGGCAGUCAGCGAACCACGUGGAAACCUGCAUCCUUCUGCACAGGCCGCAUAUGCGUCCAAUGGACACAGAUACGCCAGUGUACCAGAAUUGUACGAGGAAGACUUUGAGGUUGCGCCGGCACUCUUGGGUUACCGGCGUGAUCUGGGAUUACAACGGCAGUACUCACGGGAUCCGCGCUUGCACCACGAAGAGCAGCAACGCCUACUUGAAUACGAGAAGCAGCGGGCGUUGGAGGAGCAUCAGAGACUCGAGUACCACCGCCAGCUUGAGCUGGAGCAACAGCAGCUCCUCGAGGAGAAGCUGGCGCUUGAGCAGCGGUACUUGGAAGAGCAGUAUCUGAUUAACCGACCACGAGGCAUCAAUGUAGCUCUUGCUCGAGAACAGGCCGAGGCCCUUGUCGAGGCGAUGCAGCAGGUGCACUCAGAACGCCAUGCGCCAAGGUCGACGUCGCCGCCGAGACCCCCGGCUCUGGAGUCGCCGUCUCCGCUAUCAUCGCCUGGCCCGUCGCCGCGCACGCCCAAUCCGAUGGAGGCGUCACCUCGGACCCGCUCCGGCUCGCCACAGUCACAAUACUAUAGCUACCAGAAAGAUGGCGCUCUGCCGAACCGACAAGACAUCCCUCCGCCCAUGUCUCCUGCAAGAUCUACCCGGCCGGAUCUUGUCGACGGCACGCCUCAACGCGUGACGACAUCACAAAAGCAUCUCGGCGUGCUCGAGCUGAUCUAUCACAACGUCUGCCAAGCAAUCGAUGCACACGAGCAAGGGAUGGAGGUGCCCACAAACGAGGCCAUGUACGAUCAAAAGCUCUUCCAGCUACCGCCGUGCUUCAUUAUCAAGUGGAUCGACUACUCAAACAAAUAUGGGCUUGGCUACAUGCUGAAGGACGGCUCCGUUGGUGUGCACUUCAACGACUCCACAAGCAUGAUCAUGUCAUCCAAUAAUGUAAACUUUGACUAUCUCCACAAGGCGUCAAACCAAACAACACUGCUGCGCAAGUCCUACAUGUGCGACAGCUAUCCGGCUGAGCUAGAGAAGAAGGUGACGCUGCUGAAGCACUUCAAAACGUACAUGGAGGACAAUCUGUACAAGACGCCGGAACAGGAGCAGGAGACGCCUGAGCCCAAGGCCAGCAACCUGGACUUUUUGACAAAGUACCUGCGAACCAAGCAGGGCGUUGUCUUCCGGUUCAGCAAUCACACACUACAGUUCAACUUCUCGAACCGGACCAAGCUCAUCCUGAGCCACGAAGGUCGAUCGCUGACAUGGGUGGAUGAGGACAGACGCGCCAUAACGCUGCCUCUCGUGCUUGCUCUGGAGCGCAGCGAUCCUGUUAUACACGAGAAAGCAAAGUAUGUCCGGGAUGUCAUCGGACUCAUGAUCUCCCGGAAGCAGAAACGGACGCAGACUGGCCAUUUGGAUGAUAGAGUCGAGUGAAGCGCGAAUCACCGCAGCACUUCGCCAUCCUCCUCCCUCUCCCUCCUCCCUCCUCCCUGCAAAGCGCCAAGUUGCUGUGAAUAUAGUUCCUGCUACUCCUGCGGCGUUGGCCCUCUC